UGUUCACACGAUCAAGUGCAUUCAAAUACAUAAUGCUAUUAACUAAAGUAAUUGAAGUAUUGAGUUGCACAUGCCACGACCAUCAUCUUGAACCCGUAACGAUUCCCGAUGCACAUUUAAAAUUUAAAGACGAAGAUAUUACAGAUACAACAAUUAAAGUGCGACACAGAAAAAGAUGUUGUCCCUAUAAUUUCGAUGGCAAAUUUUGCAGAGUUAUCGGUGAUAGGGUGCUAUGUGGAUACAACAUAAAUGUGGGAACACCUCGAAGCGUUGACAAGGUGGUGAAUUUACAAAAUGGAUGUAUAAUCCGUGGCGGACGCUUAGAGUGUGGUUAUUUAGAGCCCCCUUAUACCAAUUCAAGGAGACCACCAGGUUCGGACUAUGUGGGUGCUGUUUAUGAUAACAAUGAUGCCAAUUAUGUAGCCGAAAACGAAGUUAAGCCUGUGAAUGAGGUGAAAGAAGAAAAACAAAAAUUAUCCUUGAAAAAAACGACGCCAACUUAUCGAGGCUCUACUCGGUGUAUAGAAAUAAAGGAUCGAAUAGUUUGUCGCAAAGUUUAACAUCUACUUGGUAAUUGUUUAAUUCAAACAAUACCUAUGAAAUAAAAAUAUCAUAUCUGUUGGAAUUAUA